UAGAAGAAUGGAUAUAGUAGAUGUAGAAUAAAAAAAAAGAAAAAAAAAAUAGAAAAAAGGAUGUCAUUGAUGGAAUAAUUCUUAUUAUUCACAAUGAGUAAAUCUGAAUUCAUGUUUUUUUUUUGUGGCAAUUGAGACUGAUAACCAAUGUCGAACACUGCUAUUCUCCUUUGAAAAGAUAUACUUUCUGACAUAAUAGUCAGCAUGUAUCCAUUUCUUGAUAAUCGCAUGUCCUAUAAAAAUAUUUUUCGGUAAAUUAUAUUCCAUUCAAAGACUGUCUGGAUAAUUCUAAAAAAGAAAAAAAAAAAAGUAGAAAACAGUUUUUUUUUUAUCACUAAUUAAUCUACAUCAUGUCAAAUUCAUCAGAUGAAACUGUACGUACACAUCGCUUCUCAUUCCAGCAUUUUGAUCAAGAAAGCGAUGUAGGCAUUGAAAAUGCUAAUGGAGAACGAAUUCGUAAACGAAAGCGACCUGGUAGAAAGCCCAAUCCACCCACGCUUCAAGAACGACGAGCUCAAAACCGAGCUGCUCAGCGUGCCUUUCGAGAGCGUGAACAACAGCGUCAAAAGGAAAGAGAAAGACAAUGGGCGUCGUAUGUUGAAGAAAUUAAACAGCUAAAGGCAGAGUUAGCGGUAUCACAAUAUGAGGCUAAAUACCUUAGAGCUUGUGUACUCCACAUGACACUUAAGUUUUUAACCCUUAAAGGAUCUGUGCCUCAUAUUUGGACUGAGUCUCGUAUCAUUCCUAGUAAUGAUCAUGGGGAAUAUAAGCAAAAGAUGUAUGGUAUAUAUAAACAGCCUAAUGAGGUUCUUCAGACACCUGCAUUAUUAGAUAUGAUUUUAGAAAAUCAACAUAUUGUCGAUUUUGAUAAAGCAUUACAUAUAACUUCACAACAAAAGGAGGUUCCAGAUAUAAAUGAUUUAGGAUUUGAGGCUGAUAGAUAUGAAGGCUUUAUUACAAAUGAGAUUAUUACACUAAAUCAGGGUUCUCAGGAACCGAUAAAGAAUUUCCCAAGGAAAAGAAAGCAGCGGCAAGAACCAACCACCAUGACCACUGAAAUGAAUGUUGAUAUACCUUUUAAACAAAAGUCAACAAAUCAGCAUAAAGAGUCUACAGCAUCAUCAUCAUCAUCAUCACCACCACCGCCCAUAAGUGAUGAUCAACAGUCAAGUAGUCAAAUUUUAACACUUCAUCAGAAGCCAGUUGUGGGGGUCAUAAAUGAGCCGCCUACAUUAAAGACAGCAGAAGAUCUCAUUCAUAUGCCUGCAAUACAAGCAUUACAUUUAUUACGUCUUCAAUUAAAAUUAGGAAGUAUCCUAGGUGAAUUCACAGCUGCUGCCCUUUUACCUACUGCAUUACAAAGAGUUGUGCCGCAUGAUAUUCGAAUAGACUAUAUUCCUGGCCCAUCUAUUCGCGAUAAAAUGAUUAUUUUUCAAGAUUAUUACGAUAUAAAUGAAUGUUUUCAAUAUCUAACUCGACAGUCAUGCUUUAUUGGUGGUGAUAUAAGAGAUUCAAGAAAUUGGGUUAUUGAUCCAGAAUAUUCGAUUAAAUUUUGGUUUUUAUCACAUCAGCUUGUAGAAGAUGGUUUUGAUGAAUGCUUAAAGAAGAAAGAAGCAAAUAUUUUAACUGAAACUUAUAUUACAAAACCAAGUACGGAGCAAGAUGUUAUGAGAAUAAUUAUGAAUCAACAGUAAUUUUUUUUUUCUUUUUUUUUUAAGCUUAGCUUAGCUUAGUCAUUUUGAUAGUAGCAGCAGUACGCAAUAGCUUACAUAAAUUUAUUUAUUUGUUUAUUUAUUUUCGGCUUGGAUACAUUUAUAAACUAUUUAUUAUACUUUUUUAUUUUAUUUACUCAUGAUAAAAGC